GUGAAUAAUAAUCCAAUCUUGCACUCAAUCUUUUGCUUGCAUGAUCACUUCAAAACCGGCAAUUUCUUAACCAAAAUUCAUUUAAAACAAAAGCAAUUUGUAUCCAACAAUUCCCACAAUCCCCUAUAAUAAUUCUAGGAAAAGAUUUAAUCUCUUAAAGAUCAAAGAACAUGGUGGUAACGGCGGCAACCGGAGCGGCACCGGAGAGGUUUAAUAAGAGGCAAACCGGUGGGUUUGUGGAUGAGAUGAGGUCUGUAGCUAUGAAACUGCAUAGCAAAGAUCAAUCUAAGGAAGGUGAAAAGGAAACUCAAGGAAAACCAUGGCCUAAAUGGGAACCCACCAUUGAUGGUUAUUUGAAGUUCUUGGUCGAUAGUAAAUUGGUUUAUGAUACCCUUGACAAGAUUCUUCUUAAGGCUGAUUUCCCUGAAUAUGCCGAGUUUAGGAACACAGGGCUGGAAAGGGCCGGAAAUCUGGCAAAAGAUUUGAACUGGUUCAAAGAACAAGGUCAUGUGAUCCCUGAACCUUUGUCACCUGGGCUGGACUACUCUGUUUAUGUUGAAGAACUAUCAAAGAAUGACCCACAAGCUUUUAUUUGCCACUUUUAUAAUACAUAUUUUGCACAUACUGCUGGUGGUCGGAUGAUUGGGAAAAAGGUUGCUGCAAAGAUCUUAAAUGGUAAGGAACUGGAAUUCUACAAGUGGGAUGGUGAUCUUUCCCAACUACUGCAAAAUGUGAGGGAGAAGCUGAACAAAGUUGCUGAGAACUGGACAAGAGAUGAGAAGAACCGUUGUCUUCAAGAAACCGAGAAAUCGUUCAAAUUUAACGGUGAGAUUCUUCAUCUGAUCGUGGCGUGAUCAUGAAAGAAGCUUGUAUAUUGUUGCUUUUUAAUUUAAUGAUCUUCCAUUGUAUAAAGAUAUGCUACAUAUUUGUACAUAAACUUUUUUCUUGUAUAAAGCUUUGAAUAACAUAACUUGACCAAAAAGUGGACUCUUUCAA